GAGAGUUCAGCCGUGACUCCCACUCGAGAACAUAAAUCAAAUUCAAGCGGAUAACCAAAUGGAAAUAGUAUUUACCAUUUUGGGUUGGUAUUUACCGAUCCGUUCAAGCGAGUGUAGUUAUCAGUUUGGUUAUAAGAUCCGUGACGUCACGAAUCAGCUGUUAUAUGUCAUAGUUAUCACCGCAAAAUUGUGGUAUUUACCCAACUCCCGAGCAGUUUUAUAUUUCUGGUUAUUAUUUGAAAUGUGACAAGUUAGAAUUUUGGCGGGUAUUGGAUAUUUUCGUCGUACUUGUGAGGUUAUAUGCGCGUUUAAAAGAGCAGUUUUGCAGUUCCUUAUUAAAUUGAAAAUAAUAUGGAGCAAUUUUAUCUAACUUUAAACUAUGAAGGCGUAGACUACGAGGUCUGCGUUAAAGACCUUGAAACAGCCAAUUUACUUUUGAAUGAUGCUGCUGCUGCAGAGCAAUAUAUUUUAUCUAUGUGUCCAUUGGGGUCUCAGCAUGAGCACAAUGACUCCGAAAAUCAACCUCAGAAUGAUUUUCAAUCUAUAUGGUCUAUGCCCCACAAUGAAAAUGACUCAACCAUUCAACCAUCUAUUAAUGAUAUGAUUUGGACAAAGAAGAAGCCUUCUGAAAUGGAUAAUGAAGCAACUCAUUUAAUGUUGUCCUUAAGAGACGAAAAAAGUACUUACUUUGACGACAAAAGAACCAGAAAACUUAAAUUGUGGAAUGACAUAGCAAAAGAGUUAGAGAAAAAUAAUUUCCAUCUUGGGAACAAAGGAGGAGAGCGGUGUCGUCAAAAGUUUGCGAAUUUGCAAAAAACUUAUUUAUCUUACAUGAAGCAUCAAACUACAACAGGAAGUGAGAGAAUUGAUGACAUUCCUCCAUUUUUUGAUGAGCUCCACUCCAUUCUAGGAUGCAAACAUAAGGUAACCCCAUUGAAUCUAGAGGAUUCAAUGGAUGAAACAUCAGAAAGUAUGAAAAAUGAAAUAGAACAGCAACAACCAGAUCAUACAGAUUCAGAGGAAACUCAAUUGGGUCCCUCAACAACAACACCAGUUAGCCGAUUCAAAAAAACUCGAAAGGUAACACCUUCUCGGCAUGAUGACCUGAUAAGAGAAAUGGAAAAGGAUAGAAAAAUAAGAAGUGAAGAAUUUAGUUUUUUGAAACAACAUUUGAAGAAAACAGAACAACAAAAGGACAGGUUCUUAGAAAUUGUUGAGGCAGCUUUUGGGACAAAAAAAGAAGAAUGAGUGAUACAAACGAUUCUGACACUGACUAGGAUUAUUAUCGAUUAAUAUUUAUUUCUUUUUCUUUUUUUUUGAGAUUUUUAAAUUGUGUAAUAAAUAGUUUCUUGUUCUAAUAUUUUAGUUUUAUUCAAGGAAGACAUUGCCAAUGUGUAGAAGUCAAUCCAUCCAUAAAAAAAGGUAAUAUACCUUUUUUGAUAACUAUCAAACCUUGUGUGUACAAUAAUAAUUAAGUUAAAAUGAAACUAGAGAUAAGUAAAUUAAAACGCAAACCAAUAAUUGUGUUUUUUAUUCAAUUUGAAUUGAAAGAUGGUACAAUAAUAUUAUUCUAUGUUAUAUCUGCA